AUGAACGAAAAUUUAACCAGUACCACCCCUGCUCAAAAUAAUUCGUUUUUCGGAUACUCUGCAAAUCACGAACCACAUUCAAUUAACAGAGUAGUUUUUGGAAUCUCUGAAGAAGAUGAAGAAAUGGAGUCCUUCAACUUUGAAAAUGCUCUUCCCAGAAGCCUUCUCCACUCGCCUCCCGAGUAUAACAACAGCAGCCUAAACCUUGCGUCGAUGGGUUCUAAAAAGGAUUUGGAUUUGGUGUCAAGCCGCUUGACUACUCUGGCUCUUGAACCCGAGGUGGCUGACGAAAAGCUUUUGUCCAGGUUUUUGAACCGUGCGAAAAAAUCUAACAUAAAGGUCGAAAUUCCUAUUAAGAAGCUUAACAAAAACAACACACCAACAACUUCUUCUUCAGCUUCUUCAGCUUCUUCAGCAGUCGAUGAGAAGGAUACUACCCGUGUGGAUGAGAACUUAGAUCACGAUUUACAUAUUAAUUCGCCAAUCGAAGUUCAGGGUUCUGAAUUAAUGAUGGGUGUCACUUCUUGUAGUUUUGCUAUGGAAAAACAACGCCCCUUUGAAAAGUAUAAUGUCCAUGCCUACCCUUUUAUUCCCACUAUAAGUCCUCCAGAUUCCGUUUCAAGAAUAUUGAAGAUUACGAGACCUGGGUCCAACCUUGCGUCUCUGUUUGCUCUUUGUGCGGAACAUGGCGACAUUAUGAAAAUUCAUAUGGACAGUUCAUAUGGUGAUGGCAGUGGAAUAGUUGCGUUUUAUGAUAAAAGAUCAGCAGUAUCUGCAUUCAAUAAACUCACCAAUCUUGGUAUUAAGUAUGGUCGUUUGAAUGUCGAGUACAUUUUUUCUCAAGAGCAGCAAGCAAAUACACCGACUGCUCGCGAAGCCCUUUACAUGUGUAAAUGGUCUGUUCUUCAAGUCUCAUUUACCCGACCAGUGCCUCCACAUAUUUGGAUCAAACUUGUGGAAAUUUUGGGCAAUUGCGGGAAUAUCGAGUCAUGGAACUACGCUCUGGGAAUGGAAGAUCAAAUUCGAGUAUUUCAAUUUUUUGAUGUUCGUGCCGCUGUAAGCUCGUUUCAGUUGCUUUAUCAAAGAGAAGAAAUUGAUGGGCGUAUUUUCACUGUUGGGUUUUAUAACGAGCACACUGGUCAGUUGCAGCAAAUGACGCCGCAAAUUAUGAGCUUGUUUUAUCAAAUAGUUUCGCAUGAAGAUAUUGGCGAGACUUACUUGAUGCCCCAAGGGUAUCAGUCUGAGUAUCCAGUUCUCAAAUCGACGUUGCUUACAGAUAAUGAAAAUUUUGAAGAGAAUUUAAAGAAUGGAUACCUUGACUUGGGCCAGAGUCAUCGCCGCUCAUCAUCGUUUGGCUAUGAUGGGUACUAUCAGGAUACAUUUGGAUCAGUGCAAGGAGUGGGAGCCAGCGGUCUUAAUUCUAGAGAUCUAGACAUUGUGACCAAAGCAAGUGUGUCGAAGAAUAACAUUGUUGAUUUGCGGCGGAUUUCUAAGGGCCUAGACACGCGCACAACGUUGAUGCUAAGAAAUAUACCCAAUAAGGUUGAUCAACAGAUGCUCAAGGAAUAUUUGGACGUUACCAAUAAGAAUACCUAUGACUUUUUGUAUCUUCGAAUUGAUUUUGCCAACAAGUGCAAUGUUGGCUAUGCAUUUGUUUCUUUCAUUUCGCCAGAACAUAUCAUUACGUUUGCCAAGGCCAGAGCUGGAACCAAGUGGAACAGAUUUAAUUCGGAAAAGAUUUGCGAUAUAUCAUAUGCCAAUAUAUAUGGAAAGGAAUGUUUGAUUGAAAAGUUUCGCAAUUCUAGCGUUAUGGAUCAAACCAUGUCAUAUAGGCCGUUAUUGUUUCAUUCGGAUGGAGAGCUUGUUGGUCAACCACAGGAGUUUCCACCGCCUAAUAAUAUGAACCGCAAGAUGCGUUCAAUUGCCAAUAUCGAGCGGAUUGGAUUGUUUUCGCCACAUCCAAAGUCUCCACCAAAUGACGGUGCUAGUCAAGGGUCAGCAUCGGGAGCUGUAGCCGGUACCUUACCAAUGCGUGCCAGUUUAGGGCUAUCUUUUCUUUCAGGACGUCAUGGGAAUGUAUAA